AUAUUUUGAGCGUUUUAGUUCUUUUCUGGAGUGGGUGGUGGUUCAGGAAUCAGGUUGUCACUCUGUCAUUCAUUAUUUGGAUGAUUUCCUGUGUUUGGGGCCGGGGGGAUCUAGGGUUUGUUCGUUGUUGUUAUCCACAUUACAGUCUGUUUUUGAGUGUUUUGGAGUCCCGUUAGCGGCGGACAAAACGGUGGGGCCGGCUACUGAGCUAAGCUUUUUGGGUAUUGUCAUAGAUACACAGCGGAUGGAGUGUAGGCUACCAGUAGACAAAGUGUCAGAUUUAAGAACAGAGGUGGCGGCGGCAUUGACAGCAAAAAAGAUUCGUCUGCGGGACCUGCAGUCUUUGUUGGGCAAAUUAAAUUUUGCAUGCAGAAUCCUACCUAUGGGCCGCAUUUUUAGUAGGAGGUUGGCUUCGGCGACAGGAGGGGUGGUGUCUCCCCACCAUUUUAUUAGACUAGGCAGUGAGUUGAAAGGGGAUUUGAAAGUUUGGGAUUCCUUUUUAAAACAGUUUAAUGGCAGAGCAUUAGUUAUGGGGGGGGUGGUUGAUGCGUUUGAUUUCGAAUUGUUUACGGAUGCUGCGGGUGGAGCGGGUUUUGGGGCGUACUGUGAAGGGCAGUGGUGUGCGGGUCGGUGGCCUGAGUCCUGGGUACGAAAAGGGUGGGUAAAAAACGUGGCAUUGUUGGAACUCUUCCCCAUUGUGUUGGCAGUCACGCUCUGGGGGGAGAAGUUUCGGCACAAGAAGGUUCGUUUCCAUUGUGACAACUUGGGAGUUGUGCAAGCCAUCAACAGUGUAACGGCUUCUUCCCCCCCAGUUAUUUGCCUAUUGCAGCAGUUGGUUCUCCGGUGCUUGUCCCUUAAUGCUUGGGUGUUUGCGGUGCAUGUGCCUGGUUCCUCUAACUGUAUAGCUGACGCACUUUCUCGUUUUCAGUGGGAGCGGUUUCGCCAGCUGGCCCUGGAGGCGAGUCAGGUCGGAUUGGUGUGUCCAGAGUCGUUGUGGGAGAUCCUGGAGGUGAUGCCCCGUUAUUAGUUUGGAUCCUGGGCCAUUCGUUCGUGUUCUGGGGGGCAUUACGAGCGGAUGUUCGGCAGAAUGGGCGGCAGCUGGGGUUUGAUCGGGGGACAGCCAUAGUAAGAUGGAUCGGACGCAGAGGUAUGGUGUGGGGUAGUGUUUUGCAGGAGGUUCAUCGGCAAGCCAGGUUAGAUAGAGUCCCAGAUAUCUUGGUGUUGCAUGUUGGGGGAAAUGACCUAGGGGUCCGACCUUGCAGAGAGUUGAUCAGGGAUAUACGUUUUGAUUUUUUGCGUUUGUGGUCCCUCUUCCCGUCAGUUGUCACUGUGUGGUCGGAUAUUGUCCCCAGGAAGGUCUGGAGGGAGGCGAGAUCGGUUGAAAGGCUGAAUAAGGCUAGGAUUAAGCUGAACAGGGUGAUUGGGCGGUUCUGUGCCAAACAUGGGGCGGUGGUGGUGAGGCACCCCGAGUUGGAAGCAGGAACAGGAGGCUUUUGGAGACAGGAUGGAGUCCACCUCAAUGCGGUGGGCAUUGAUUUGUGGUCACUGGACUUGCAGGGAGGUAUUGAAACAGCCCUCCGGGUGUGGCGGAACGCGCGAGCUUAAGGGCUGUCAAGCUGCGCGUUGUUGGCGGGGGGAGGUCAUAGAAGCUGGGGCUACUGGAUGGUAACGGUGAAUGAGAGGGCCUCAAUGGUGGGGCUGGACUCUCAGAGUUGGGGCACCUGGUUGGCUUGGUAU